AUGGAAGAACAACAACUGUCAAAAGAAGCUGCAGCUGCUGCACAGAUUCGUCCCACUCCUGCUGCGCCAAACGUUCUUCCUCCUCUUCGCUAUCAUACGAAAUUUGUGAUCUCGAAUCAUCGACACUGGAGGCAGGAGAAACAGAGGGUACGUGGAUUCCAACACCCACUCGAAUAUCUAAGAAGGGAAUCAGAAUCUGGAGAUAAAUGGAAGCUGGAUGUGUCGUCAUGGAGGUCAAACAAGAUAUACCACACCUUACGGCAAAGACGCUGUUCCUUUUCGUCUACCAACAUGGAUACCUUGUUCAAGAAGGCUAUUAAUAAAAUAGAUAAAGAGGUGUCGGAUAGAUUUGGUGUCAAGAUUGCCGACAAAGUGUUCACAAAUAGCCCAAAUUUCUCAACGCCAAACGUGGCGCCUCUUUCUCCACGGGAUAUCUUCAGGUUUAGGAAGCAACGAGGGAUAAACCUUGGUUCCUGGUUUGUACAAGAGCGCUGGAUAUGUGAAUCGACAUACUGCGGCUGCGGUGGAGGACAAAGUGAUCUUCACAUCGCACAAGGUGCUAACGGAAAGGAGAUAAUGGAACAUCACUGGGAUACCUGGAUCACUGAGGAGGACUGGAGCGCUAUCCAAUCACAGGGGUUCAACACCGUACGACUACCGAUUGGAUACUAUCACGUAUCAGGGGUAGAUCAUUCAGCCUUGGAUGACACAGACUUCGAAUCAUACAAGCAUAUUUUCUCGGGAGCAUGGGGAAGGAUCCUUCGCGCAAUUGGGGACGCUGAGAGAUAUGGUCUUGGAAUAUUGAUAGACCUCCACGCUGCUCCCGGCGCUCAGAACAGGGACUCCCAUAGCGGGACCGGAUCUGGAGAGGUUCGCAUGUGGACCAAGACGAACCUAUCGCGUACGGUUCACGCGCUGCAAGUUUUGACAGCUCAGCUUGUAUCACGUCCCAACGUGGUCGGCAUAGAGCUCGUCAAUGAGCCGGCCAACAAUGAUCACGUUCAAAAGUGGUACGAAGACACACUAGCUGCCCUGCGCAAGAUAAGCCAAGACCUUCCUCUGUAUAUUAGCGAUGCUUGGGACGCACAGUGGUAUUCCAAAAUAGUUGGUGCUCGGUCAGAUUUUGUCGUCUUGGACCACCAUCUAUACCGCUGCUUUACUCCAGAGGACGCUAACCUAUCAGGGGACGAACACGCAGCAGCGCUCCGUAAUUCUCGUCCUCUUGUUCCAUUGUCUGCCGCGGCUAGAGGAAACAUUAUAGUCGGUGAAUGGAGUGCAGCAUUAAACCCGGCUUCAUUGCGUUCCAACGAAGCCGGUGAGCAGGACCGUCAGCGUCGUGUAUGGGCUCAGGCCCAAAUCGAUGCGUAUGAAACUUCAUGUGGGGGCUGGUUCUUCUGGACCUGGAAAAAAGGUACAGGAUGGGACGCAGGAUGGAGUGCAAAGGAUGCAACCCUAGCAGCAAUACUUCCACGUUGGGUCGGGGGUCGAAGGAAAUCUGAGGUUAGACGUAUACCCUCAGAUGCAAGGUGGAAGCAGCAGGCGCUGAAUGGAGCAUUAGAUCAGCACAAAAAUUAUUGGGCUUCUCGAGGCGCGUAUAACGAGCUUUGGAGAUUUGAAGAUGGUUAUUCUACUGGGUGGAAUGAUGCGGUCAUGUUCCUGACGUUUAACGACAACGGGCCGUCCGUAUCCGAGUUAGGUUUCCGAAGCGAGUGGUUGAAACGGCGUGUUGCAGAUCACGUCAAAGCGCGCGGGAAGAGCGGAAAUAUCUGGGAGUUUGAGCAUGGGUUUAAUCAAGGUUUUGAUACUGCGUGGGCCAGUGCCUUUUAA